CUCCACUAGUUCUGUAGGCAACUGUGCACUUCAGCGGCGUAAACACAACGCCCCAGACGUUCAGCUGCACAUUUAUUUUUUUAACAUGAAGGCAGCCGUGCUGCUACUGGCAUGUGCGACCUGCACGUUAGCUCAAAGCUGCGGCAAGAGAGGUCAAGGUAAUAAGGGCCAUGGACGCAUUGUAGGGGGCGAGGACGCACUGCCGCAGGAGUUCCCAUGGCAAGUUGGGAUAGCUGAAGGGAUCGUCUCACAUAAUCACACUCCAUACUGUGGGGCUUCGGUUGUCGACAAAGACUGGGUCAUCACUGCAGCGCAUUGCUUCCGUGAACCACCUUUCAAUGUAACAUUGAUCUUUGGAAGAACUGAUUUAGAAGCGGACGAAUCCACUGCAGACUUUCAAGUUGUUAGCGACAAAGACGUCAUAGUGCAUGCCAAAUACGAUGUCAUUCCUCAUGACUUUGACGUAGCACUGGUGAGACUACAAAGGUCGCUGGACUUUGACAGCAAUCCUGGAAUAGCACCCAUCUGUUUACCGAGACUCAAAGAAAAUUUCGCCGGAAGCAUGUGCACAGCAAGUGGAUGGGGAAGUGUGUCAGACGGUGGCCCACAGCCCACACGGCUGCAGAAGGUUGACGUUCCUGUAAUGGAAAGAAAGCGCUGUAAGAAAUAUUAUGGAGGUGACAAAUAUUACACAGGUAGGAUGCUUUGUGCUGGGUACGACGAAGGAGGAAAAGACGUAUGCCAGAACGACUCUGGAGGUCCAUUGGUCUGCCCAAGGGAGGAUGACACCUGGGUAUUGGCUGGAAUCACUUCUUGGGGCCAUGGUUGUGGGAAGUCAAGGAAGCCUGCUGUGUACACACGUGUGGAGGCUGUGUUGAAGUGGAUUCACAGCAUAAUGAAAAGGAAUGAUUUCACCCUCUGUUAUGCUGGCGUAAGAAGUGGGAAUGGACGGAUAGUGGGUGGCACAGAAGCAAAGCUGCACGAAUUCCCAUGGCAAGUACUUCUCAUCGGCAGGACGUAUCACGGAGGAAGUACUGAACUGUGUGGAGCCUCCCUACUAAACGAAAAAUGGGUUGUCACUGCAGCCCAUUGCUUUUGGACAGAACGUUACUACGAAAAAUAUGAAUUACGAUUUGGAAAACACGACUUACGCAGAUUCGAACCCUCAGAAGAAUCCAGAUUCGUCCGCAAAGUCGAUAUAAUCUGUCAUCCGUACUACAACCCUGCCAAUUUGGACAACGAUGUGGCGUUAAUGUUGCUGUCUGACCCGCUCGAUUUUCACAAAAACCCUUACGUAAGACCGAUCAACCUGCCGGACGCAGGUGAACAAUUCGUCGGAGCAGAAUGCAUAGCAACCGGAUGGGGAGCCACUCGUUUCGGUGGACCGUUGUCUGAAGUCUUACUGAAGGUGCACCUGCCUGUGUGGUCAAACAACGAUUGCAGAAAAGUUUAUUCGGAUCUCGAAGUCACAGACAACAUGUUUUGUGCCGGCUACUCAAGAGGUGGGAAAGACACAUGUCAUGGCGCCAUGGGUACUGGCAGGAAUCACUUCCUGGGGAGAAGGAUGCGGUGCUCCGAAUCAUCUUGCAGUGUUCACACGUGUCACAACUGUCAUGGGCUGGAUUCAGGAUACAAUGAAACACUACUGGUACAAGUACGUGGGGGCGGACCAACAACUCUUUGGCCGACGACCGAAGAUAGUUACAAACGGGACUGCUUCGGGAUAACGUACAUUAUAAAUAAUUGCUAUGACUCAAUUAAAAGUUGUUAAUGUUUGGUUCGUAUGAAGCACAGGAAUAGUAAUGAAAGCAGUAUUUUUUGGCGUGAAUUAGCUUCGCGCUUAGGGCCUAGAGUUACUACACGCGUUUUUACUUGUUAGCGUCUUGUUUAUGCAAUCCUCAGCAAUUUAUGCCCCCUCCCCCACCUCCCCCUUGCUCACGAUCCUGAAUAAACCACUGCCGGAAAGUGUGCCAAACUUGCCAAACCUGCACUCUCAAUGGAAAUGUACAAUGAGCUUGUUUUUUUCUUUCAGUAUUUGUCAGUCACUUCAUUACAAUGACUGCAAUACAUGUUGCCUGAAUCAGAUAGAUUACAAGGAAUAUAUUAGCCGGACCUCGAUUGCCAUCCAUGAACUAUUGUACGCGCAUAAAUGAACCGUCCAGCAACA